AAACAAACAGGAAUGGAAAUAGGUAUGACCGAAGAUUGACCAACGGAUCAACUCCAAGCAUCCUUUUCACAAUGUAAAAUGUUCAAAAACACCCAAAAACAGGAAGUAGAACAACAGAUAAACAAAAUUAUGAAGGCUGAUAUUCUGUUGAAAUCCGAUGAUGAGCAAGAAUUGAUUAAAAAUAUUCCUCUCAAGAUGUUUGGAUGCGAGCAGAUACAGGCAAGCCUGUUGAUAAGGAAGCUCGAAUCAAGAGGAUAUGACUUUACCAACAAUCUCAUAUCAUAUUUUUCAGAGAAAGAACAACUCUUUGUUUUCCUGGGCAAAACACCACUCAAGCAAGACUCAACCAUUCAAAUGAGCGAACUAGAGAGAGAAGGAGCCUCGAUAAAGAUCAUGUUAAAGGCAAAGAAGCCUCUGAAAGACCUCAGCGAGGGCCCAAUGGCUGGAUUGUCGGCCCAGCCAACGACUGCACCAAACUCAACCAGCUUUGCAACUCCAGAGAUAAGAUGCAAGAUGAUGAUGCCUCAGAGUCAGCAUCAGAAUUUAUCAAAAUCUCUUUUAUCUGAGAUAAAUUUAUCUAACUCUGAGAAAUUUAUAUGCAGCCAGCAAAUAAACUCAAGUCAGCCGAGCCUAUUAAAUUCUGAUGGGCAGAUAAAUUUAUCAGUCUAUUCUAAUAGUGAUCUGUCAGCCCAGCCUACCUUCGUUGACCUCGAUGUGCUCAGAGCUAAUCAAUGAAAGAAGCCUAAAACCAAAGAGAGAGCAACUGAGAGAAGAAUCAGCGACAUUGUAGAGGCCGUCACUCUCUGGAGGAAGCUAUACAAUGGGAUCCCAGACACAAAAGGAAAUCUUUUGAGGUACUCCCUUGACGAUGCUGCCAAGAAGGUUGGCGUAUCCAAGAAGUCACUCGAUGACUACUUCCUUCAACUUAAAUUUGGCAAGAGGCUUGGAUUUGAUUUUGAGAAGUACAAAAAUGAGAAGGUUGGAGUUCUAAGAAAAUACGUCAAGAGGAACAAAUCCUCACUUAAAUAAAUGUUUAAGCUAAGCCAGCUUGAAUAUCUUUCUGGUAUCAUUUUCUUAAAAAUUCAUAGAAGCAU